UGGACAAGAGCAGGAUCAGCUGCCAGUAGAUGUUCAGAGAAGAAGCUGCACAACAGAGAGGUUUCCAGAGAGAAGACGAGCUGCUGUGUCACAGAUCAAGACCAAGAAAGGAUCAGCCAGAAACAUCUGCUUUCUCCUGUUCCCGUUCAUAGUGAGAGACAACAGAGGAAAGGUCGUGGAUCAGGAUCGUCUCAUCGUCCUCUCCUCAGAGGCAGAUACCUCUGCUCCUCGUCCUUCUCUCCAGCCCACUCUGCCUGUCCCGCGACCAUGGACCGCUCGGUGCAGGAGCUGUUCCUAAACUUCAUGAUCGUCUUAAUCACUGUGCUGCUCAUGUGGCUGCUGGUGAAAGUUUACCAGGACUGAAACACAGCUAUAGAAGUGAGGAGAUGAAUGAGAGGAGCAGGGAUGGAGGUAUAGAUGUGGAGGGAUUAAGGCAGCAUGGUUGUAGGACUUUGCCCAGAUGCAGUGUUUACAUCUUUUUAUUCAUUUAGACUACGAUCACUGGCCUGUAAUAUUCAUGUGAGGUAAAUAAACAAACAAACCCUGAGUGCUAGAGCCAGGGCAGAUUGCCAAUGACUGUCGCCUUGGAUCCGUUCUCGUAUUCCGACAUGUUUGAAUGUGGCCUUGAAAUUCUGGCAAGAGCCAGAAAGGUUAUAUCAUAGAACAAAUGGGAAGGUGAAUCAAAAUAACCGAAUUUGGAUUUGAGUCUCCAGUUUUUAACUGCAAAGAAGCUCAGGAUAGUAACCCAUGUCAGUGUGGCAUUCAUGUGAACAUCUAUACAUUUAAUGUCCAUUGUUCUGUUUCAACUAAAGUGGUGAAUAUGUGUAAUGCAAAUACUGUAUGCAGAAAACAGGCAUCAACAGAAACAACACAGCCUUGUGUUCAUGUUUUAUUUCUUGCCAUAAAGCAGUCUUUCAGUUGUUG